GGGUGUGGAAGAUAGGGAAGUCAUUCACAUUGUUGAUGGAAUAUAAGCCAUUUUUCCUUGAAUUUAAUUUGUUUUUAUGCUAGAGAAGAUUUGAGAAGAUUUUGCUGGACACUGUUCAGCAUCACAUGUUUCAAUCUUGGGAGAGAAAGGUGAGGCCCAGUCACCUCUAAUGAGGUCUGCCCUUUCACUGUGCUCAGAGACCCCACACGCAGCGGCAUGGAGAACCGGCGCUGCCGACAUCCUCAACAACCCAAUGCCCAGGCCCAAGAGGCCUUGCCCGGGUCACUGUCCUCCAUGCCGCAGUCCCCUUUACUGUCUGGAGCUGCCUCCCUCAUCUCCCUUACCCAGACAGAGGAGUUUUUUGACCUGAUAGCCAGUUCCCAGAGCCGCAGACUGGAUGAACAGAGAGCCAGUAUAGGGGAUCGCCUGGGCAUUAGAAUAGCACAGAACAAUUUUGGACACUUUUGUGAAGCAUGUAGUCCACAGGAACCUAGUGAUGAGUUCUUCAACAUGCUAAUAAAAUGUCAGUCCUCCAGAAUCAAUGCUCAGAGAUGCUCUUUGCCUCCAGCACCAGACCCAGAUGAAGACUUCUUUAGCCUAAUUCAAAGAGUGCAAUCCAAACGGAUGGAUGAACAACGGGUUUCUUUUCACUCUGAUGAAAAGGUUGAAACAGACUUAAAUCACAAGUCCAAAACCUUUGAGGACUCAGGCUAGAGACUUCUCAUACUGAUGUGACCUCCACAAAGUGCUUCAGAAAACCCCAACAGGACUCUCUGGCUGCACAUUUUGGGAGAUAUUCAGAGGUUUGGGCUAGGGGGUAGUAAUUUAGGACACUAGCAAAAUUAUUUCAUGUUGAUUUAUUUAAUAUUUUUGCAGUCAAAUUACACAGAGGUGAUCGUAAAUCAUGAUGUCAUUCAGAGAGAAUGGAAACUCACCUGUUUGCUGUAGCAUAUUUGUUCCAAUAAUUGCUGUUUUAAAAAAGUGGUUGUGCAGAUUUCAAGGAAAACAACACCAUGGAAAAUGAUGAAUAUACUGAAGCCUUUGAAAGGUAAUAGUACUAACUGCUGUCAUACAAAACGAUAUAGAUCGGUGUGACAAACAACUGUUCUGCAUAAUUUAGAAGCAGGUGCAUUUUCAUUUAACUCAAAUGGAAAGUAUGGUUCAGCACCCUGAAUAUGAAUUUUCUGAUUUGGAAUGACAGUGUCAUGGAAGCAAAUGCGUUUGGCAUGACACUGGAUUUCCAUGGCUGGGAUCAGUUCCUCUAGUUCUGCUGAUAAGUAAUAUGAACUAAAUACUAAUAGUAACAGAUUCCCAUAAAGAUGUAGUGUUGAAUACAUUUCCAUCCAUCCAUCCAUCCAUCGUCAACCGCUUAUCCUGUGUACAGGGUCGCGGGGGGCUGGAGCCUAUCCCAGCUAACAUUGGGCGAAAGGC